UGUUUUGCAGCGUAUGUCUAAGUUGGUAUUUUUGCUAUCCAGAAUGUCUUAUUGUUGAUAUAAAUGCGAUAUUUAUUAAUGCGAGCAAAGACCACUCGCAUUUUUCGCAUUUAAUUCACCCUCACAGCCCUCUGUACUAAAACAGACACUUCUCUGUACAAACACAGACUCACAUCCCUGUACAAACACAGACUCACCUCCCUGCACUAACAUGACACAGCCCCCUGCACUAACAGACGUCUCCCUGUGCUAAAACAGACACCUCCCUGUACAAACACACCCACCUCCCUGUACAAACACACGCACCUCCCUGCACUAACAUGACACCCCCCCCCCACCUGCACUAACACAGACACUUCCCUGUACUAAAACAGACACCUCCCUGCACUAAAACAGACACUUCCCUGUACUAAAACAGACACUUCCCUGUACAAACACACUCACCUCCCUGCACUAACAUGACACAGCCCCCUGCACUAACACAGACACCUCCCUGUACUAAAACAGACACUUCCCUGUACAAACACAGACUCACCUCCCUGCACUAACACGACACAGCCCCCUGCACUAUCACAGACACCUCCCUGUACUUAAACAGACACCUCCGUGUGCAAACACACUCACCUCCAUGCACUAACAUGACACAGCCCCUGCACUUACACAGACACCUCCCUGUGAUAAAACAGACACCUCCCUGUACAAACACACGCACCUCCCUGCACUAACAUGACACCUCCCCCCCCUCCUGAACACAGAAUCACCUCCCUGCACUAACAUGACACAGCCCCCUGCACUAACACUGACACGUCCCUGUACUAAAACAGACACCGCCCUGUACAAACACACGCAACUCCCUGCACUAACAUGACCCCCCUCCCCUGCACUAACACAGACACCUCCCUGUACCAAAACAGACACUUCCCUGUACAAACACAGACUCACCUCCCUGCACUAACACGACACGGCCCCCUGCACUAACAUGACACAGCCCCCUGCACUAACACAGACACCUCCCUGUGCUAAAACAGACACCUCCCUGUACAAACACAGACAAAGCCCACUGUACUAACAAGACACAGCCCCUGCAUUAACACGACACAGCCCCCUGCACUAACACAACACAGCCCCCUGUACUAACACAGACACCUCCCUGUACUAAAACAGACACCUCCUUGUACAAACACACGCAACUCCCUGCACUAACAUGAACCCCCUCCCCUGCACUAACACAGACACCUCCCUGUACUAAAACAGACACUUCCCUGUACAAACACACUCACCUCCCUGUACUAAAACAGACACUUCCCUGUACAAACACACUCACCUCCCUGCACUAACACGACACGGCUCCCUGCACUAACAUGACACAGCCCCCUGCACUAACACAGACACCUCCCUGUGCUAAAACAGACACCUCCCUGUACUAACACGACACAGCCCCCUGUACAAACACAGACAACUCCCUGUUCUAAAACAGACACCUCCCUGUACAAACACACUCACCUCCCUGCACUAACAGACCACAGCCCCCUGCACUAACACAGACACCUCCCUGUACUAACACGACACAGCCCCCUGGACUAACACAGACACCUCCCUGUAUUAAAACAGACACCUCCCUGUACAAACAGACUCACCUCCAUGCACUAACACAACACAACCCCCUGUACAAACACAACACAGCCCCCUGUACUAACAAGACACAGCCUCUGCAUUAACACGACACGGCCCCCUGCACUAACACAACACAGCCCCCUGCACUAACACACUCACCUCCCUGUACUAACACAGACACAGCCCCCUGUACUAACAAGACACAGCCCCUGCAUUAACACGACACGGCCCCCUGCACUAACACAACACAGCCCCCUGCACUAACACAGACUCACCUCCCUGUACUAACACAGACUCAUCUCCCUGUACUAACACAGACACAGCCCCUUGCACUAACACAGAUUAACCUCCCUGUACUAACACAGGCACACAUCCCUGUACUAACACAGACACAGCCCCCUGCACUAACACAGAAACCUCCCUGUGCUAAAACAGACACUUCCCUGUACAAACACACUCACCUCCCUGCACUAACAUGACACAGCCCCCUGCACUAACACAGACACCUCCCUGUGCUAAAACAGACACCUCCCUGUACAAACAGACUCACCUCCAUGCACUAACACAACACAACCCCCUGUACAAACACAACACAGCCCCCUGUACUAACAAGACACAGCCCCUGCAUUAACACGACACGGCCCCCUGCACUAACACAACACAGCCCCCUGCACUAACACAGACUCACCUCCCUGUACUAACACAGACUCAUCUCCCUGUACUAACACAGACUCAUCUCCCUGUACUAACACAGACACAGCCCCUUGCACUAACACAGAUUAACCUCCCUGUACUAACACAGGCACACAUCCCUGCACUAACACAGACACAGCCCCCUGCACUAACACAGACACAGCCGCCUGCACUAACACAGACACCUCCCUGUGCUAAAACAGACACUUCCCUGUCAAAGCCCACUGUACUAACAAGACACAGCCCCUGCAUUAACACGACACAGCCCCCUGCACUAACACAGACACCUCCCUGUACAAACAGACUCAUCUCCCUGUACUAACACAGACACAGCCCCUUGCACUAACACAGAUUAACCUCCCUGUACUAACACAGAUUAACCCCCCUGCACUAACACAGACACAGCCCCCUGCACUAACACAGACACAGCCCCCUGCACUAACACAGACACAGCCCCCUGCACUAACAGACACUUCCCUUGUACAAACACAGACAGCCCCUGCAUUAACAUGACACAGCCCACCGGCACUUACCCAACACAGCCCCCUGCACUAACACAAACACAUCCCUGUACCAACACAGACACCUCCCUGUACCAACACAGACACAUCCCUGUAUUAAAACAGACACAGCCCCCUGUACAAACACAGACACACCUCCCUGUACCAACACAGACACAGCCUCCUGUACCAACACAGACAUAUCCCUGUACCAACACAGACACAGCCCCCUGUACCAACACAGACACAGCCUCCUGUACCAACACAGACACAGCCUCCUGUACCAACACAGACAUAUCCCUGUACCAACACAGACACAGCCCCCUGUACUUACACAGACACAGCCUCCUGUACCAACACAGACACAGCCUCCUGUACCAACACAGACAUAUCCCUGUACCAACACAGACACAGCCCCCUGUACUUACACAGACACAGCCUCCUGUACCAACACAGACAUAUCCCUGUACCAACACAGACACAGCCUCCUGUACCAACACAGACAUAUCCCUGUACCAACACAGACACAGCCUCCUGUACCAACACAGACACAGCCUCCUGUACCAACACAGACACAGCCUCCUGUACCAACACAGACACAGCCUCCUGUACCAACACAGACAUAUCCCUGUACCAACACAGACACAGCCUCCUGUACCAACACAGACACAGCCCCCUGCACUAACAGACACAGCCUCCUGUAACAACACAGACACAGCCUCCUGUACAAACACAGACACAGCCUCCUGUAUCAACACAGACACAGCCUCCUGUACCAACACAGACACAUCCCUGUACCGACACAGCCCCCUGUACUAACAGACACCUCCCUGUACUAACACAGACACAGCCCCUUGUACUAACACAGACACCUCCCUGUACUAACACAGACACAGCCGCCUGCACUAACACAGACACCUCCCUGCACUAACACAGACACAGCCUCCUGCACUAACACGGACACAGCCCCCUGCACUAACACAGACUCACACCCCUGUACCAACACACAGACAGCUUCCUGUACCAACACAGACACAUCCCUGUACUAACACAGACACAGCCCCCUGUACUAACACAGACACCUCCCUGUACUAACACAUACACCUCCCUGUACUAACAUAGACACCUCCCUGUACUAACAGACACAGCCCCAGCCCCCUGUACUAACACAGACACCUCCCUGUACUAACACAGACACACCUCCCUGUACUAACACAGACACCUCCCUGUACUAACACAGACACAGCCCCCUGUACUAACACAGACACAGCCCCCUGUACUAACACAGACACAGCCCCC